UCUUAGAAGAACCAGAGAGAUGGCGGACCGGACGCCUGGCGGCUCUCAGAAAGCCAGCGCUAAGGCGCUGCUGGAGAGCAAACUGAAGUCUUUUAGCAUCGGCAAAAUGGCAGUGGCAAAGCGGACCCUGAGCAAGAAAGAGCAAGAUGAAAUAAAGAAGAAGGAGGACGAGCGAGCGGCAGCAGAAAUCUAUGAGGAGUUCCUCGCUGCGUUUGAAGGAGGAGGAGACGGCAAAGUCAAGGCCUUUGUGCGUGGCGGGAUUGCAAAUGCAACAAAAGAGGAGGCAGCUGCUGAUGAGAAGAAAGGACGACUCUACAAGCCCAAGUCUCGUUUUGAGAACCAACCGACAAAAAGCUUCUUGCCUUUGGACACACCAGCUCAGUUUAUACCAGUAGACAAAAGACAAGCUCUGAAGAAGGCGGCUGAAAAGGAGAAGAAGAAAAGCAACUUGGAGCUCUUUAAAGAAGAACUUAAGCAAAUCCAGGAGGAACGGGAUGAAAGACACAAGUUGAAAGGACGCGUCAGUCGAUUCGAACCUCUCGCCGGUGCUGAAGGUAGACGCGCUUCUGCGGAUGGUUCUUCAAGAAGAAACCGUCCGUCAAGUGUUCUGGAUGAUUGUGCGCCGGGAUCACAUGAUGUCGGAGACCCGUCCACGACUAACCUGUACCUCGGAAACAUCAACCCACAGAUGAACGAGGAGAUGCUGUGUCAGGAGUUUGGCCGCUUUGGCCCGCUGGCCAGUGUGAAGAUCAUGUGGCCGAGGACGGACGAGGAGAGGGCUCGGGAGAGGAACUGUGGCUUUGUGGCGUUCAUGAACAGGAGGGAUGCCGAGCGAGCGCUCAAGAACCUCAAUGGAAAGAUGAUAAUGAACUUUGAGAUGAAAUUAGGAUGGGGCAAAGGAGUGCCCAUUCCCCCUCACCCCAUCUACAUCCCUCCGUCCAUGAUGGAGCACACCCUCCCCCCGCCUCCCUCCGGCCUCCCCUUCAACGCUCAGCCCCGCGAGAGGCUGAAGAACCCCAACGCCACACUCCUUCCUCCGCCCAAAAACAAGGAGGAGUUUGAGAAGACUCUGUCGCAAGCCAUAGUCAAAGUGGUUAUCCCAACAGAAAGGAAUUUGCUCUCUCUCAUCCACCGAAUGAUCGAGUUUGUGGUGCGUGAAGGCCCAAUGUUUGAAGCCAUGAUCAUGAACAGAGAAAUCAACAACCCCAUGUACAGGUUUCUAUUUGAGAACCAAAGCCCAGCACAUGUAUACUACCGGUGGAAGAUCUACACCAUACUACAGGGUGAAGCGCCAGUCAAAUGGAAAACGGAGGACUUUAGGAUGUUUAAGAACGGCUCCUUGUGGCGCCCGCCUCCUCUGAACCCGUACCUUCACGGUCCGUAUGAUGACGGCGAGGAAGAGGAGGUAGAGGAGGAGGCCGGCAAGAAAGGCUGUUUGAAAGAAGAUGAGAGGGACAAACUGGAGGAGAUGCUGCGAGGGAUGAGUCCCAGGAGAGGAGACAUCGCGGAGGCCAUGUUGUUUUGUCUGAGCCACGCAGAAGCAGCUGAGGAGAUCGUGGAGUGCGUCACUGAGUCUCUCUCCAUCCUCAAAACCCCUCUACCCAAGAAGAUCGCACGGUUAUAUCUAGUGUCUGAUGUGCUGUACAACUCCUCGGCCAAAGUAUCCAAUGCGUCUUACUACAGAAAAUAUUUUGAGGCAAAGCUCUCCCAGAUAUUUGCAGACCUCAACGCGACGUACAAAGCGAUUCAGGGUCACCUACAGAGCGAAAACUUCAAGCAACGCGUCAUGGCGUGUUUCCGCGCCUGGGAGGACUGGGCCGUGUACCCCGACCCGUUCCUCAUCAAGCUGCAGAACAUAUUCCUCGGGCUGGUUAACAUCGCAGCCGUGGAGAAGGAAGUCCCUGUUCUCAUCGUGGAGGCUGAGCCGGCAGAGGACAUCGACGGCGCUCCCAUAGGAGAGUAUGCCGAUGUGGGUCUGAUGGAGGACGUGGACGGCGUGCCGAUCGACGGCGGACACAUCGACGGAGCGCCGAUCGACGGAGCGCCGCUGGACGACCUGGACGGGGUCCCCAUAAAACCCAUGGAGGAAGACAUCGAUGGGAUACCUUUGGAUCCAUCAAAGGAGGCAACUUUCAAGGUGGCACCGUCGAAAUGGGAAGCGGUGGAUGAAGCCGAGUUAGAAGCUCAAGCUGUGACAACUUCAAAAUGGGAGGUAUUUGAGCAGCCAGAAGAAUCCAAAAAGAACGAUCAUGACAGUGAUUACGAUGACAGGAGCCCCCGCUCAGAGGACAACGGGACCUACUUCAACCCCUCCAGAGACGACACUGAUGUGAAAGCCAAGAUGUCUGAAAUGAAUGAGGAGAAACGCACCAAGCUCCGAGAGAUAGAGGUUAAAGUCAUGAAGUUCCAAGAUGAGCUGGAGUCUGGGAAAAGACCCAAGAAGACGGGGCAGAGUAUUCAGGAGCAGGUGGAGCACUACAGGGACAAACUACUACAAAAGGAAAAGGAAAAGGAGAAACUCGAACGGGAGAAAGAGCGGGAGAGGAAAGAGAAGGAGAAAGCUGAGGCCCGGUUGAAAGAGUUGAAGAAGGAGAAGGAGAAGGAGGACACGCCCACCAGGAAGGAGAGGAAGCGUCGCCACAGUGGUUCGCCCAGUCCGACGCGGAACAGCAGACGAGGUCGUUCAGCUUCUCCCCGUUCAGAACGAUCGGAAAGAUCUGAACGCUCCGAGCGCUCGUACUCUAAAGACACGUCGUCCCGCUCCACCCAUAAAGACUCGCCCCGAUCCAGCAUCAAGAAGUCCGUGAAGAGAUCUCCCUCACCUCGCACACCCAAACGAUCCAGACGGUCGCGCUCAAAGACGCCCAAAAAGUCCACCAAGAAGUCCCGCUCCAAAUCUAGGUCCCCUCAUCGAUCCCACAAAAAAGCAAAGAAAAGCAAACACUGACGUCUCCAAACCAGCCGUGUUGUAUAAAAGGUUGACUGGAUUUGCUGCAUGGGUUGCCAUCUGGUGUAUGAAAUGGAUGGGGCCAUUGUUUUAUAUUGUACAAAAAAAAUAAUGUGCUUUUGUGUCCUGAUUUCCCCCCCCGCCCCGCCCCCCCAAAUCACCUCCCAAUGGAAUUUAUCCACGUGAUGACAAUAAGUCAUGCUGUCAUUUUCUGUUUUUGUAGUUCACAAUAAAAAGGAUUCCUAAUAAACUAGUGUCUUUUUUAAA